UUCUGUCAACGCCCUUCUCUCCGGCGCUCCGAGGGUACGUCAGGGAAUGGACUAAAGAAUGGUGUCAUUUCGGAGUUGGAAGGGACCUUGGGACUUGGAGCCGGGAGUAUCUUUCCUCCAAAUUUGUCAGUGUGAGUUCAUCCAGCUGGGACAUAAAGGUUAUCUCCCGGAUACAGGAGCCAGAGGCGAGGGGCUGGGGACGCGCGGAGGAUGGGGGGCGAGGUGGUCCCCACUCUCCUCCUUCCCGGGGUGGCCGCCAGAGGCCGCUGCUACCCGGUUCCCGCCGGCCGCCCCCUCACCGACGCUGGUCCCGCUGUCCCCGCUGUCCCGGCUGGGGCUCCGGCGGCUUAGCGGGGCUCGGCGGCGCGCGCUGCGUUCUCGUCCCAGGAGGAGGAGUAGCAGGCGGCGGUGCAGGGCUCCGGGCGCGGAGGCGGCCCGCGGCGGACAGAGGCGCAGCGGCUGCGCGCUUUUUAGCCUUUCGGGGCUGGAGAACCAGAGCGAGAGGAGCUGAGCCGAGCUCCGCAGCGCUGGGCUGGGCCGGGCCGGGCCCGGGAGCGGCACCCUCGGAAACGGCUUGGCUGGAGCCCCGCUGCCCCGAGAGCGCAGCGUCUGGUGACGGAGACCCGGAGCAUCCGGACGGUUCCCGGCGGAACCAAGCCGGGCAGUGCGGGCACUGCAGGGCGGCAACGGCCCGGCCCCGGCCACAGGCUCUCGGGUCCCGGGUCCUCGAGCGUAGGAGCGGGGAGACCUCUGGUUCGGCGGGCAGAAGCGGCCGCAGAGACCCCAAUGUUUUCUCCCACUCACCCAGGUGGAAUAAGUUUGAGUCCAGUACAUUUACAAGUAACAGCUGGGAACCCAGUAAGAGAAUGAGUGAGAGGGACUUUCGGAGCUGGAGCACAGGGGUCUGUCUUUUGGUGCUCUGCUUGGCCACACUCUGGGCAAGGCUGGCAUUCGCUUCAUCACAUCCUCGGACUCACGCAGUACACGUGGAACCUGGCACCUGUGAAGUCAUAGCUGCCCAUCGAUGCUGCAACCGAAACCGAAUUGAGGAGCGAUCCCAGACAGUCAAAUGCUCCUGCUUUCCGGGCCAAGUAGCAGGAACCACUAGGGCAAAACCAUCCUGUGUGGACGCCUCCAUUGUCCUGCAGAAGUGGUGGUGUCAGAUGCAGCCCUGUCUGCCUGAGGAGGAGUGUAAGGUGCUCCCAGACCUCUCUGGAUGGAGCUGUAGCAGUGGGAACAAAGUCAAAACCACUAAGGUCACACGAUAGCCCUUGGGAAUACAUUCUGGCCCAGAGGAGAACGAUGGAACCAUGAGCCAAAGAAGACUUGAGAAGGACUAAUGUCCUAGAAGAUGGGAAUAACUGGAAGCUCUAGGUGGGCCUGCCUCAUCAGAAUCGCAAGGCAAUGGAGACGCUGUCUUCUGGUGGACCUGAACAUCACUGCAAUGUCCUCUCUCCCAGGGACAUUUCCAUAAGCAAGAAAUGAGUGUUUCUAAACAUCCUCUGUGAAGAGCUCUGUGCUAAGGGAAGACAUUUUUGACAUAAUUCCUGUUUUGAGGGAGCAAACAAUCUAGCUGGGGAGCCAGAUGCACAUAGGAAAUUGUCAGGGAUAAGUGAGUGCUAGCAUUAUUUAUUGUUUUUGAAGCUAUUGGGGGAAAAGUGGAGG